AUGUGCUCUCCAGAUGCCAAGCAUGUAAUGAUCAGUUACCAAUGGGAUGUACAAAAACUCGUCAUUCAGAUCAAAAACAAACUUCAGGCGGACGGCUUCAAGGUUUGGAUGGACAUCGAUGAGAUGGGUGGCUCCACUCUAGAAAGUAUGGCCAAGGCUGUGGAAAAUGCAAGUGUGGUGUUAGUCUGUGUGUCUCAGAAAUACAAGGAGAGUCCUAACUGUAGAUCAGGUAAUGAUGAAAACUGCUUCGCAACGUUCGCAGGAUCUUUUCAUAUAGCAUCAUUGAUUAUAGAAAUCUUAGCAUUUUACCGGCUUUUUAGAAUUGUGGUUAGCCUGUAUUUACAAAACAAUUCCUGCAAUAAUUACAAUAUUAUCGGGCGCAAAUCCUGCGUGCAUUACUCGAAGGUGAUUAAGAAAGGAUAUUCGGAGGUUGAGUAGCCAAUCAGAGUACGUCUUCAACGUUUUCCACCAUAAAGAGUUUCUAAAGCUGCGGUUUCGAGCCUUAACUCUUUGUUAGAAACGAAAAUAGCCCAGACCCAUCCGGCCACAUGGCAAUGUUGUAUUUUCUCAUGGGUAUAGUUUGAAUGUGCAACAACGCAGAAAUUAGAUCAGAGGGACAAGAGAGCGAAAGGAAGCUAACGGAAGGAACUCGGUAUUACAUUUAUAAGUUUGAGCUGAUUUCAAUAUUCGAAGCUGAAUGCGAGUCUUCAAAAAAAUUCGUAGAGGAUUUUUUAGAUAGUCAAAAUGAUGAGAGGAAGUUGGGAAAUGCGAAGUGGAUGCACUACUCCCCUUGAAUACUCCUUGCCGGAAUUUGACUGACCUAGGGCAUUAAAUAAAUCUGGAGUUCCAAGGAUAGAGAAAAGGGUGCAAUGCAGCAUAGAAAAUCUUGUUUCCAUGCUAACAAUGUAAGACCUGACGUCUCGUUAAAAAAGACUUACCCAGCCCUAGUUUGUAGUCUCAGCCCUUUGUCUUCCUCCAUUGGUUCCAACUCGGCCAAUCCUUUGGAGGUAUUUGAACACGUUGAAUACAUUCUCUAGAGAUAACUAGACAAUAAUUAUACUGGAGUUUUUGACGAAGUUGUAUUUCGUUUAAUAAUGUAUGUAGAGGCAGAGUACACAUAUCAGCUUCACAAAGACAUCAUCCCUUUGAUGAUGGAUGGUAAAUACAGACCUGAUGGUUGGCUCGGCUUCAUUGUGGGAUCCAAAUUCUGGAUUGACUUCAGCGAAAAACAUAAACUGGACUCUAAUGUGAGCAAACUUGUGAAAGAAUUGGGGAGCAGGGGAAAAAUUGAACUUCAAGAAAAUACUGUGAAAGGUAUGAUUAAACCAAAACUGCUUUACUUGGUCGUUUGAGUUAUGAUCGUAACCAGGGCUGACUGUCUACCAUCUUCACUCGAUUCGAAGGCUGAGGAGAGCAAAUAUGUCUCUAAUGUCCUGAAGGCGAAUGGCUAUACGAAACCUUUUCUCCGUAACUGCCAAAAAUCAGUUACAACUAGUAGCACUCCUGAUGAAAGGGAAUCAGCGACUGAUUUUGUAGUUAUUCCUUGCAUUCAGGGUGUUACGGAACCCAUCCAGAUAAUUUUGAAUAGCCACAACGUUAAAGUUACUCAAAAACCUUUUCAGAAUUUGGGGCACAUUUUUGCCAAACCUAACGAAAGAACAACGAACCGUCGCCAUUUAUUCUAUUCCCUACAAUGACUGCGAUAACGAGUAUAUCGGACGGACCAAACGUCAGUUCGGUACACGUUUGAAAGAGCAUCAAAAAGCGGUUUUCUUUUGCAAACAAGAAAAUUCAGCUUUAUUCGAGCACACAUGCCUAACUAACCCUACAAUUGGGUGAAGCAAGUCUAAAAUUAUUACCACUAAUCGGCGUUACCUCCACAGCACCUUUGUUGGGAGGCCUGUAAUAUGAAGGCACUAGACAAGAGUGUCGAAACGUUGGGUCUAUGAAUUGUAACUUCACGGUUACAUUCAUUAAAUCUUCAGACCAGAGUAGCAUCAGACUAUGUCUGAAGGAACUACUUUUUAUGAUUACUCGUUAUAUUUGGAAAUUAUCCGUCAGAUGCCCAGACAAUUCCAACUCCUAGAGACGACAACUGAUUUACUCUCUUUUCUGUUUUAUUUAUUUAUUUUUUAUGUAGCCACAGUUCUGGAUGUUGUUGACGCCUCACCACAGUCUACUAUCAGAUCGUGGACGUGUAGUGAUGUGAAAACCUGGCUCAAGAAUGUUGGACUGAGAGACAGGUGA